UGGGGUAUGCAUAUUCUUCGUGCCAGUCUUACCCCUCUUAGUCCCAAUUUUCUAGGGUUUUAUUCAUUUUCCGAUGGCUUCUGCAGAUGUUGAGUACCGUUGCUUUGUCGGUGGGCUCGCUUGGGCCACUGACGACCAUGCCCUCGAGAGAGCCUUCUCUCAGUACGGCGAAAUCGUUGAAACGAAGAUUAUCAACGAUCGUGAGACUGGCAGAUCCAGGGGUUUUGGAUUUGUGACCUUCGCCUCGGAGCAGUCCAUGAAAGAUGCGAUCGGAGCGAUGAAUGGACAGAACUUGGACGGCCGUAAUAUCACUGUCAAUGAAGCUCAGUCCCGCGGUGGCGGCGGCGGCGGCGGAGGAGGAGGAUACAAUCGUGGUGGCGGUGGAUAUGGUGGUCGUAGUGGCGGUGGCGGUGGCGGUGGUGGAUACCGUAGCCGUGACGGUGGUUAUGGCGGUGGCUAUGGUGGUGGUGGUGGUGGUGGUUAUGGCGGUGGCAGAGACCGUGGUUACUCUCGUGGUGGUGAUGGUGGUGAUGGAGGCUGGAGAAACUAAGGCUUGAUGUCGUCAAUUAGGGUUUAUGAUUAUGCCCCGUAUUUUUAGUUGUUGUGGUUUGAGUUCGAGUUUCUUUAUGGUUUCGUGUUACCGUGGUUCUUGUUUUUGACCAAUAUAUCUGGUUGUUUAUAGUUGAUUUAGUGAAAUGAUAAUCAGUAAUUGGAGUAUCGAGUUUCUACA